GAGAUCAAAUAAAUGUGCCGUUGGAGGCACAAGGAGGCACCACACGAAUCCCCCAGAGGAUCUGCAAAGCUGCUCCCAGACAUUGUAAGGUUGCAAUCCAACAUGUUUACUCAGAAGUAAGCUCCAUUAGGUUCAAUGGGACUUACUCUCAGAGCCAUUGGGGUUCCUGGCGUAAAAGAGAGAUAAAAUGUCUUACAGCGUGACUCUCAACGGACCUGGACCAUGGGGGUUCCGACUACAAGGGGGGAAGGACUUCAAUAUGCCUCUGACCAUCUCCAGAAUUACACCUGGCAGCAAGGCAGCUCAGUCCCAGAUGAACCAGGGGGACAUGGUGAUAGCAAUUGAUGGAGCCAACACAGACGGCAUGACCCACCUAGAGGCCCAGAAUAAGAUAAAAUCAGCAAGCUACAACCUGUCUCUUACACUGCAAAAAUCAAAACGUCCAGCUCCAGUUCCAACAGGCAUCCCAAGAAUUGACUCUACCAUGCCCAUGAUCCCUCAUCAAAAGGUCGUAGCCAACCCUGCUACCAACCCAGAGUUUGUGGAGCGUUUCAACCCCAACGUCCUGAAGGAUUCUGCUCUGUCUACGCACAAGCCCAUUGAGGUGAAAGGGCCUGGUGGCAAGGCCACCAUCAUUCAUGCCCAGUAUAACACCCCAAUCAGCAUGUAUUCUCAAGAUGCUAUCAUGGAUGCCAUUGCAGGCCAGGCCCAGGCCCAGGGCGGUGAACUUGCUAGUGAAUCUCCACUGGCUAGCCUCACUGUUAAAGAUCCUCAUGUAGACAGUGCCUCUGCAGUGUAUCAGGCUGUACUUAAAACUCAGAACAAGCCUGAAGAUGAGCUUGAUGAUUGGAGUCGCCGUUCUUCCCACUUGCAGUCCAAGUCCUUCCGCAUCCUGGCUCAGAUGACAGGAACUGAGUACAUGCAAGAUCCAGAUGAAGAUGCCCUGAGGAGAUCAAGUGGCAAGAAAAAUGUUGCUGAAACAUCCGAAAACAGGCCUGCAGGUACUGUUCAUGGGGCACAGUAUGCAGCGUCAAGUGUUUGGCAUAGUCCUAAGUCUUGCAGCACAGGUGCCAACACUGACAAAGCUAAAGCAAUGGCCUCCAAAGGUUUCGUGAGAUUUGGAACAGGUACAAGUCAGAGGGAAGCCAGCUACCUCAGCGCUGGCCAGACAGUCCCUCGUGCUUCAUCCAGUAACCAAAGUACCCCUGUUGAGCAUGCGCCAGUGUCUACCAGCUGCGCCCCUUCUGCUAUGCCGCCUGCUUCAGCCAAUCAACCUGCUACUGCUGCUUACAGCACUGUCCAUCAGAUGACCCUGCCGUCGGCCACAGCCACUUCCGUGGUACUCGACUCCAUCUCAUCUUCUUGCCAAAGCCUCAACCGGCAUUCUUCCACUUCCAUCACCUACCAGUCCAAAAAGAGAGGUCCAGGCCAAUCUUACACAUCAGCACCUGCUUCCCAUGGCCCUGCUCCUUAUUCAGGCUACAGUGAAGCCCCAGCUCCUGCAUCAAAGCCCAGAGUUGUCACCACUGCCAGCAUAAGGCCUUCAGUCUAUCAGCCAGCUCCUAUGCCGGCCCCAGCCCCAGUGCCUGUACACGCCCACACCCAUGCCCCAAGCCAAGUUGAGCCUUCAAGCCGUCCUCCCUGGAUAACCGAUGACUCAUUCUCCCAGAAGUUUGCUCCUGGAAAAAGUACCACCACUGUCACCAAGCAUAUCCUGCCACGGGGUGCUCCAGUACCACACCCACCGGCUUCUGCUCCUUCUUAUGCACCUCCUUCAAUCCCAGCCUCCUCCCAGGUUCCUGCAGUUGCCCGGGGAACCAUCCAAAGGGCUGAGCGCUUCCCAGCCAGCACCCGGACUCCGCUCUGUGGACACUGUAACAGCAUCAUCAGGGGUCCUUUCCUGGUAGCCAUGGGCCGCUCUUGGCAUCCAGAGGAAUUCUACUGUGCUUACUGCAAGACAUCCCUGGCUGAUGUAGGCUUUGUUGAGGAACAGAACAGUGUUUACUGCGAGCGCUGCUAUGAGCAAUUCUUUGCACCAACCUGUGCCAGAUGCCAUACCAAGAUCAUGGGGGAAGUGAUGCAUGCCCUUAGGCAGACUUGGCACACAAACUGCUUUGUCUGUGCUGCCUGCCGGAAGCCAUUUGGGAAUAGUCUCUUCCACAUGGAGGAUGGAGAGCCCUACUGUGAGAAAGACUAUGUUACUAUGUUCAGCACCAAAUGUCAUGGAUGUGACUUCCCUGUUGAAGCAGGAGACAAAUUCAUUGAAGCCCUUGGACACACUUGGCAUGACAGCUGUUUCAUUUGUGCCGUGUGCCAUGUCAAUUUGGAAGGCCAGCCAUUUUAUUCGAAGAAGGAUAAGCCACUAUGCAAGAAGCAUGCACAUGCCAUCAAUGUCUAAAGGAAGAGCUGGAUGCUCAAGGCAAAGUGGAAAGAUUAGGAGUUGGCUCAACAAAUGAAUUAUAGAUAACUAUGGAUUUCUCAUUGUGGGGAGGGGGCUGGGCAGGUAAUGAAUUAUGAACCCUUCUGAAGUUGAAUUUAACUGCUUUUUCUAUGUGCAGAUCUUUCUCUUGCUUACUUCAUAAGAGACAAAGUGAAUGAAUAUUCAAAAUGUGACAGUGAAAUAUUGCUGCAAACAUUUGAGCAAAAUGAACACAGCCACCCUCCUUUAUUAAACUGUUACAUAACUUUACAAAUACUGAUUAUCUUCUAGUGUGCUCACCAUGGGAGACUUAAGGCUAAUACUGCACAAUAGUUUUAAACUUUUUUAGAAACCAUUCUUAGCAUUGCUGUAUAACUCAAAGUGCCAAAAUAGUAGGUGGGGCAUAGCUUUUAGAGCCGUGAUCUAUAGUGAUAGGUCAAGUAAGUGUUUCUCCCAAAACAAACUUUGUAGAGACUUUUGAAUGACCAUUAUAACCCACACAGAAUGAACUAAUUGUUUACCCAAUUAAAGUUUGAAUCCAAACACAACUAAGGGCCUGUCCACACUUCUCCACUGUGAUGUGGGACCUACUUCAUCAUAGUACGUACAGUUCCACAUCACCCUGAUAAUCUGUAUAUAGAGGAAUCAUGUAGGUGGGACCAAUGAUGUGGUACUUUCCUGCAUUAAAGUUGUGCUCCCUCCCAGCUGGUAAAUAUUUGAAUGGAAAUAAGCCACAUCAUUGGUUCUCAUGGCUUUCCUUCAUAUUCAUAUUAUCAGAGCAAUACAAGACUAUUGCAGGAAGCAACUCCUCUGAUGCUGUGGGUGUGAAUUGGCCCUAGUAUUAAUGGAAUAGAAUUUGGGGUAAAGUGUGGUCCUAUUCUGCACGGACCUGAAGUUGCAUGGUAGCCAUUUCCCCGUGAUGCCUUCUCAUGUGUGUGAAUACUGCUGCAACCCUAUGUGCAGGGCCUGUUAUAUGAAUCUUCCUACUAGAAAGGAGAGUGGCAGUUGGGUAGCGAUAAUGUGACAAAACACCUGCACAAUCAGUUUUGCCCAAGUUGAUGUGGUGUUCACAUACAUGAAGCAAUCUUGUGGGAUAGAACCAUGGAGAAGUCCCCCCAAAGUUCUGGAUGUGUAAUGAAAGGACUCGUUUGUUGGGGUGGUUGGUAGAAGGAAUAAGGGGAGAAAAAGUCAGUUAGUUGACCUUAAUUUUUCUUGGGAAAAGAAGAGCAACAGAAAACAUACAGCAUCAAAGAGUUUUAGUUAAUUACUGCAUUCUGAGCAUAAGAAGGGAACCAGUUUUCCCCAAUCUGCUGUUGAAAAGGGAAAGGCUGGAAAGGAUCCUCUGAAUUUCUCCAUGUAGCUGAGUCCUCUUAUUUGUCCUGUCUUCUUAUGGGCGUGGGGAAAUACAGAGUACAAUAUCAGCCCCAAAAGGAUAAAGGUAUCUAGAGUAACCAAAAGGGAUCGCACCCUUAAUUCCAUGCAUGAGGUACUUUGUUUCUGCUCAAAUUGAUACCUUUCACAGAGCAUUUUGACAGGCAUGCCCUGUUUUGAAUGACAGGCACGCCCAGUUCAAAUUGUGAUUAGAUUCUUUACGUGUGUCAUCUCUGAAGUGUGAUUGUGUUUGCUGCUGCGAGGAAAUGAAGCCUUUAGAAGUUAGAGUAAUAUUAAUGUAACACCUUUCACUUUUUGAACAAAUCUGACUUAAUAUCUGAACAUGUAGUACUUAUUGUAGCUUUUGUAUUAUUGUUACUGGCAGCAAGUAUUUAUUCUGUCUAUAGAUCUGAAUAUUUAAGCAGUUAGUAUCAGGCAAGUGUCUACUCAGAUGAGCAUCCUAAACUGCGACUUAGGCAUUGAAGGAUUCAUCCUAUGUCAAUGUGAGUAGCUCAUCCGAGUGAACAAAAUGGUCAUGAUCUGAAGUUGAUUACUCUUAAGUAGUCCCAGUGUUAUACUGUCCAGUAAAUAGUUUCAGCAAUGAACCCUUAUUUAUAGUAACACGUUUACCAUUCAUGAAAAAGAAAAAAAAAUACUGUCUGAUCUGUAGGGUAUUUACUAUGUGAACUCUAUCAAUUGACACCUCCAUUUAAGCAGUCUUUUUAUUAUUUGCAAUAUAGCAAAAAACAACAACUCCCUGCUUUAUGGUCAUUUCCCUUUCAAAACACUAUGCCUUAUUUUAAGAAAUAAGUUAUGAAAAGCACUUUUAAGAUCACUUUUGAUUUCAGCAGAAGAAUGUUAAGCAUAUGCUUUACUAUCUUGUUGAAAUUAAUUUGACUUAAAGGUGCUUAACUUUGGCAGGAUCCAGACCUGUUUUUUUCUUUCCCAGAGACUGGAGGACAUACCAAAACACUGAUGUUUCUAGUAUGCAACAUUUUGCUCCUUUUACUCAGCCCAUAUUUUGGAUAGUUUAGUAUAUCUGACCUCCAGUAUUACAGAAAUACAGCACUUUAAUUCUUGUUGAUCUUGUCCUUUUAACAAGGACUGCAGAGCUGUGUGAUUAAUCAUUCUUUGAAUUUUAGUCAAACUUUAAAAAAAACUUACCUGAGUUAUGCUGGCUUUCUCUUUACAUCCUCUGGUGUAGUGUGUUAGUUGGAGAAAAUUAAAAUAGCUGAUGGCAGUGAAGCUUCCUGUGAUCUGAAAAGUCAACCACGCACAAAUAAGACUCAGUUAUCACAGUGCUCUUUUGCACUCAGACUAUCUCUGGCUGGCACUUUCUACCAGUAAAAUGACAGUGAGCCCUUAUUGCUUCAAAACAGAAUAGCAAACCCUACAAUAGAUCAUGGAUUGAAUGCACUGUGAGAGCUGUGUCAUUACUCAUGGAGUUGUCUCUUAGGGCUCAUUCUUAUGUGACAGGAGUGGCAUUCUUGCUGCUCUCCUGUGGCUGGAUCCCAUGCUGUUCCAGUAAUACUUGGAUGACUAAAUUCACAAGGGUGAGAAUCAUGUGGGAAGAUCUCUCACCAGUUCCGCUGUCCCUAAGUGGCAAAUGUACACAAAUGUAUUCACCCACCUUUUUCCUGCCACAGUACUGCCUAUCUUUAAAUAUCCUAUUGUAUGCAUCUCUACUGGAAGCUUGUGCAUGUUUAUGUGGUAGUUAUAGAGUGUGACUCUAAACACACUUAACUUGGAAAGGAUUCCAUUGAUGCUCAUGGUUUGUCAGAGCCAGGGCAGAUGUUGCUUACCUGCAUGAAUAAUGAGUAAUUGCUCCAUACAAGUGCUGUAAGCAAGUGAGUAGUACAGUACAAGAGGACAAUCAUAAGAGAUUGUGGUUCCUUUUCCGUGAUUAGAAAACCAUCAAGGAGAAGGGGUUAAGAUCUUCCACGAGUCUUCUCUUCCCAUACUACAUGGCUCAUGCAAGUCAACCAUUUGCAUAUCAGUUUAUUUUCACAAGCAAGUUCUUGAAGGCAACAUCUUCAGUCGCUCUUACUGCCAAGUAAAUGUAUCUAGGAACAAAGUGUUUACUUUAUCUAACUAGUGUCUGACACAUCUGUCCUGCCAUGACCACUCUUUUCAGAAAAAAGAAAGAUAUGCAUGUAAUACAGACUAGGGUCUACAAGUAGUAAAAUAAUUGCAGUAGGGGAAAAUAGUAGACAGGUUCACUUGUGUACUGUCUUUGUGACCUGUAACUGUUACCUACUAAAAUAAUUUUGUUACUAUUUUGUUUCGCCAGUAAGAGUAGUGGUGAUUUUUGCCUCUUUUUUCCCUAGAAGUCAAAGACUGUACCUAUGAAUGACCAAAUGAUAAAAAGUUGUUAACUCAUUUCAGGGGAUUUGAAAUGUAACUAAACAUUGUAACUUUUAUUUUUGCUUCAGCCGAAACGUACAAAUAUCUAUUUAACGUUUUCUAGGUGCAAUACACAUCCUCUUGAGUCACGUGUCAAGACUUGCAUCUGGAUUGCAUCCCCUUCAUUGUAGGUUUUUAAUCCACAUUUUGCAUAAAUCAGAGUAAUUCAGAAAAUAAUUUCACAAGAAACAAUUUACCGUUACAUCCUUUAAAAUAAAGUUUACAAAAAAUCAAUACACAUAAGUAAGUGGCAUCACUUUGGUCCUUCAGUGGUCAGCUUGGAUGAAAUAUUUAAUUGAAAGCUCUCUCUGUAUUCAAUAAUGUGAAUGCUGCAGCACUAACUACAAAAGAGCAUCUGCUGCUACAUCAUAAUGUUAAAUAGGAAGAACCUGGUAACAGAUGCUAAUAUUUUGUAAAAAUUAAAGUUAUUAGCAUUUGCAAAUCAGCUAUUUUUGUUCUCUGCAGCAAUCACACUAUGCAUCUUGCUUUUUAAAAUGUAUGGAAAUAUUGAUUUGACACCACAAGUGACCUUAUUUUUACAUGAGUUUGGAUUUGAACACCUUGGUUUUUAUUUCAUAUGUUCACCGUAAUGUGUGAUUUGUGAGGUUUGAGUGAAUAUACCUUGCAUGGAUUAUAUGUGCCAACACAAAUAAAAUAUUCUGCACCCCUCAAAAAAACAACAAC